CCCACGCAGAUCCGGGUCAGCAGCAACCAGAUGAUCCGAGUCACGCAGGUGGACAGCGAGGAGGAGCUGGAGAAGUUCAGCCUGUGGGAUGUUUUAUCCUUCCUGAAGGAGAAGCUGAACGACACCAGCAUCAAUGUGGAUCUCUACAGCAACAAAACCUGCCUGAAGGUCGAGGUGCUGGAGGCCAACACCACGUACUGCGUCAUCCUCUUCCGGCGCUUUGACCCUAAGCUGUUCCUGGUUUUCUUCCUGGGCUUGAUGUUGUUCUUCUGUGGGGAUAUGCUGAGCAGGAGCCAACUCUUCUACUACUCAGCUGGGAUUAGUUUUGGCGUGCUGGCCUCGCUGCUCAUCGUUGUCUACAUGAUGUCCAGGGUCAUGCCCAAGAGAAGUCCCGUUUACUUCCUGCUGGUAGGAGGUUGGUCCUUUUCCCUGUACCUGCUUCAGCUGACCUUCAAGAACCUGCAGCAGAUCUGCAGGUGCUACUGGCAGUACCUCCUAGGCUACCUGCUGCUCGUGGGCUUCCUGAGCUUCAGCGUGUGCUACAGGUACGGCCCGCUGGAGAACGAGCGCAGCAUCAACAUCCUCUCCUGGGCGCUGCAGCUCCUGGGCCUCCUGCUGAUGUACUCGGGCAUCCAGAUCCAUCCCGUCGCCUUGGCCUUGGUGGUCAUCGCCAUCUGCACCAAGAACGUGGACUACCCCCUACAGUGGGCCUUUGCCGCCUACAGGAAAGUGCAGAGCACCAGGCUUGGGCCGAGCCCCCCUCGCCUGCUGACGGAGGAGGAGUACCGGGUCCAGGGCGAGGUGGAGACGCGCAAAGCCCUUGAGGAGCUUCGAAGUUACUGCAAAAGCCCAGAGUUCUCCGCCUGGACUGUGGUUUCCCGCAUCCAGUCUCCCAAAAGGUUUGCUGACUUUGUGUGUGGUGCCUGUCACGUCACCCCUGAGGAGGUCUGUGUCCACGACAGGGAGUACAGCCUGAGCAGCAGCAUCUUCCUCGAUAACGAGCUUUUUGAGGAGGAGGAUGAGGAUGAUGAUGACGCCUUAGAGGCAAAUCACACAAGUUACUCCCUGAACCACAACCACCUGGACUCUGACUGA